AUGCCAUUCAACCUCCCUGGCACACUUGUUCCCCUCUAUGCGCUCUUCAACCCACGCCUAUUACAUCCCCAUCUAUCGGUGACAGAUAUCCGCAGGCUUGACUUUGCCGCUUUGCGAAGUGCUGGGUACCGUGGAGCUGUAUUCGACAAGGAUAAUUGUCUGACCGUUCCCCACAAAGACGCGCUAGUACCAGAACUCAAGGAUGCCUGGGAUGAAUGCCUGAAGACAUUCGGCCCUGACAAUGUGCUCAUCGUAUCCAACUCCGCUGGCUCUACUUUGGACCCAGGUGAAUUCCAGGCAGAGUCCGUCUCAUGGCACCUUCGCGCGCCUGUACUGCGCCACCGAGCCAUGAAACCCUCGUACUCCGCCGCGAACGAUAUUCGCGCGUACUUCGCAUCUUUGCCAGCUCCUCUCGCUCCGCAAGACCUAAUUGUUGUUGGAGACCGUAUAUUCACGGAUACCGUGCUCGCAAAACGCCUGGGUCAGCCUCCGACUGCCUUCACCCGCAUCUCUCACAGGCUCAGGCUGUCAUCUACGUCUUCACCCGCCGGGAGCUCUGUUCUUGAUCUGGAGAAAGGCGAGAAACCAGUCUCUGGGCCGCUUGCUGUAUGGACCACUGGCGUGUGGGAGCGGGAGAGCAUGAUAUUCCGAUGGGCAGAGAGCAAGCUUGUUAACUUGGUCGAACGUCUGGCGCCGGAAGUACGCGCGAUACGCGAGGACAACGAGCGCCGUUUCGUCAUUCCCUUGGCUGCACCUGAACCAGAACCUAAGAAUACAGAGCCACCGGGCCGACCUUGGAUCGGCCGAGCAUGGCAAUGGGCGGGAAGGUCAAGCUGGGGCCGCUAUGGUGGAUAG